AUGGCUAAUUCAGCGUCUGGUAUGAACGUAGACGAUGAGUGCAAGCUCAAGUUCUUGGAGUUGAAAUCAAAGAGGAAUUAUAGGUUCAUUGUAUUCAAAAUUGAUGAGAAGGCUCAGCAAGUUAUGAUAGAUACGGUUGGGAAUCCAGAACAAACUUACGACGAUUUCACCAACUGUAUGCCUGAGGACGAGUGCCGAUAUGCUGUCUACGACUUCGACUUCACCACCCCUGAGAACUGCCAGAAGAGCAAGAUCUUUUUCAUCGCAUGGUCACCUGAUAUAUCAAGAGUGCGGAGUAAGAUGCUGUAUGCAAGCUCAAAGGACAGAUUCAAGAGGGAAUUGGAUGGCAUUCAAGUUGAAUUGCAAGCAACUGAUCCUAGCGAGAUGAGCCUCGACAUCAUCAAAGGACGAGUCAACCUCUGA